AUGGUGAGGCAUUCUAGGUCUAGAAGUCGUUCACGUUCUCCACAAAAGAAACGAAAACAUUCUCAUAGACGUAAUGAUCGAGAACAUAAACGAUCUCGCCAUUCUAGGAGUGAAGUUGAUAGGGAUGAGUCUCACGUCAGGUCUCAUUCCACAAAGGAAACUGAAGAUAAAAAAACCAAACACAAUGUUACAACGGAAUCUGGAAUUUAUACCUCGCAGGAUCAAAAAAGUACAAAGUCAUCAAGCUUCGUGUUGAAUAAUAUUUCCGGAGAAGUAAAGGACAAACAUAAGGAAAAACAUAAGGACAUUAACAAACAGGAAAGUGCUAACCGAGACUCGGAUGUACAAAUGCAAGCUGAUUCAAAGUUAGCUGAUUCGACAACCUCUGCAACAGUUGCUGCUUUACUCGAUAGUCAGGAAGAAAAAAUUCGUCAAAGGAGAGAACGUGUAGAACAGUGGAGAAAAGAAAGGGAGGCUGCUAAAAAAGCUGAGGAGGAAGCAAAAUUACAAGCAGUUUCGGCUGCUAGUCAAUCUUCUACCGCUGAUGAUCAAUCUCUACAAAAUUCAAAUAAAGGUUGGACUUUAGAUGACGACGACGAAGAUGAAUCUAUGGAAGUAGAUGAAACUGUGAAUUUACUACCUAUUCCAAAAUCAACUGAUAAAAUAGAGUCUCAAGUGUAUCAAGUUAGACGAAAUCCAUUGCUUGGACUUGGUAAUAAAAAACAUAUAAUGAAUAAUAAGGGUAAAUCAAAAGAAGUAGUUGCCGAAGAAGAAGAUAAAUCUACAGUAUCUUCUAAGGGAUCAAAUAUUAAAGAUUCAGAUCAGAUGCAAGUUGACGAUGGAGACGAAGAUCCUCUUGACGCUUUUAUGAAAGAUGUGGAGGUUGAGGUAGAACAAUUAAAUGAACAAGACAAAAAACGUGCAAAACAAGCAGCAAGAGGGAAAAAUAAAAUUGAUAGAUCUGAUAAAAUUAUGCAAGAUGAAGAGGAAAUGGAUGAAGAAGAAGUUAUCAGUGAUCCUGAGGACAUUUUAGCUCUGCACAUAAUUAAAAAAUUAAAUUUCGAAAAACCCACACCUAUUCAAUCACAAGCAAUACCUGCUAUAAUGGCUGGUCGUGAUGUUAUUGGUGUUGCAAAGACUGGAAGUGGUAAAACCAUAGCAUUUCUUCUUCCAAUGUUUCGUCAUAUUAAAGAUCAACGUUCACUUGAUCAAAUGGAAGGACCUAUUGCAAUUAUUAUGACACCCACAAGAGAACUUGCAGUUCAGAUACAUAAAGAAUGUAAACACUUUUUAAAAGGGCUAAAUCUUAGGGCUGUUUGUGCCUAUGGCGGAUCUCCUAUCAAAGAUCAAAUUGCUGAAUUAAAACGCGGUGCUGAAAUAAUUGUUUGUACUCCCGGACGAAUGAUUGACUUAUUAUGUGCUAAUUCUGGUCGCGUUACUAAUUUAAAAAGAGUCACUUACCUUGUCAUGAAAAUCGUCAACAAUGUUAGACCUGAUCGUCAGACGGUCUUAUUUUCUGCUACUUUUCCACGUCAGAUGGAGUCGCUUGCACGAAAAGUUCUCAAACGACCACUUGAAAUUACCGUUGGUGGACGUAGUGUGGUAGCACAAGACGUUAAUCAAAUAGUUGAAGUUCGAGAAGAUAAUACAAAAUUUGUUCGCUUACUUGAAAUAUUGGGUCAGCAAUAUAAUGACGAUCCAGAUGCUCGUACUCUAAUUUUCGUUGAUCGUCAGGAAGCAGCAGAUAAUUUAUUGCGAGACUUAAUACGCAAAGGCUACGCCUGCAUGUCUCUCCAUGGUGGCAAGCUGCUGAUAGCUACUUCUGUAGCUGCGAGAGGUCUUGACGUGAAGCAAUUGAAAUUGGUUAUUAAUUACGAAUGUCCAAAUCAUAUGGAAGAUUAUGUUCAUCGUGUUGGAAGAACCGGAAGAGCCGGUAAUAAAGGUACAGCAUAUACUUUUAUUACACCAGAACAAGAUCGGUAUGCGAUGGACAUAGUUAAAGCGUUGAAAUUAAGUGGUGGUCAUGUUAGUCCAGAAUUACAAGCGCUUGCUGAUGGAUUCCAAGAAAAGGUCAAGGCAGGAAAUGCCACAUAUUCUGGUUCGGGAUUUGGUGGUAAAGGCCUUGAAAGGUUGGAUGAGGCACGAGAUCUUGAGGCGGAGGAUGAGGAACAUUCGAUCCCACAAAUUAAGAAAGAUGAAAUUUUAACAGCUCCUGGUAUUUCUUCUAUAACAUCUAAGACUGCAGUUACUAUUCCAUCUCCAGCUAACAGUCAUUCUGCAGAUGCAAAUCCUGCAGCAAUUGCUGCACUGAAAGCUGCUCAAGAGGCUGCAGCACGUGUAAACGCAAAGAAUGUCGGUGCAAGUGGCGUUCAAAGAGCGAAAGAUAUCAUUGCAGAUAUUAAUGCCCGCUUUAAAGAAAACUCUGUACAAGGCACAGCACCUGAAGCCGAUAAAGCCGAAAAUGCUGCAGAAUAUUCUGUCGAAAUUGAAAUUAAUGAUUAUCCACAAAAGGCGAGAUGGAAAGUUACGAAUAAGGUAGAACUUACAGGAGCGGCUAUCACUACUCGUGGUACAUAUUUCGCUCCUGGCCGUCAACCAGCACCUGGUUCUGGCGAAAGAAAAUUAUAUUUAUUCGUUGAAGGUGAAAAUGAAUAUGUUGUCGAAAAAGCCAAGAACGAAAUAAAACGCAUUUUAACAGAAACCACGUUAAGUGCGAUUGAGGCCGAAGCUCGUAAUCCCGGAAGUACUUCAUUGGGUGGUUACGGCAAGUAUUCGGUUGUAUAA